GGUAUUGGAAACCCUAAUUCUCCAGUCUGGAAUAUACGCCCCCUUCCAGACGGUAUUGGGGAAAGAUUCAUUUUGGCCAGCCUUUAGUUGAACUAUUACUUACUGAAUUUUCACAAGUUGCGCAAUAAGUAUUAGUUCUCUUUCUCUUAUUUAGUCAUUCCCCCUUUUGGUUGAGGAGACCACAUCGUACUGCAUCAGGGGGACAAUGGCUUUGAGUCAAACUGCCCAGAUUGCUAUUGCGAUUGGGACACUUGGUGCUCUUUCAUUUAUAUUUGGAGUGGUUGCGGAAAAUAAAAAGCCUGCCUCCGGAAGCCCAAUUGUUGGAAAGGACUUCGUGGUAUGCAAGUUCCCAUAUGACCAAACUGUCCCAUUGGGCGCUUUGUCAUUGGUGUGCCUUGUCUUCUCAAGCAUUCUCGGUUUGGUCUCUGUGUACUUUCCCUACCAGAAAAAGACGGUCCCUGCUGCUAUUCUCUUCAGGAGCACCUCCCUAUGCGUGUUCUUUGGCAUUGCCACUCUCGUUUCAACAGUGUCUUUUGUGCUUCUCAUGUGGGGCACCAUCACCGAAGGCCUCCACCAUGUUAACAAAGUGCACAACGAUGUUACCUACGCUUGUCCAACUGCAAAGACUGGUUUGUUUGGAGGUGCUGCUUUCUUGGCUCUUGAUUCAGCUCUCUUUUGGUUGAUUUGCCAAAUGCUCACUCUUAAUUCUAGGGCUGAUUAUGAGGAGGAAGAUCCCAAAGGGGAUUAUGGCGAAGUCCACACAGCCGAUUACACCAACUCCAAUAAUCCCAAGGUUUGAGAAGAAGAAAAGAUAUGAGAACCAAUAAUUUGGAAAGAACCUCAAAGUCACUUUUCUUUUUUAUGGUGGUGUGUGUGGCUACUGCUGAACACUUGAAUAAGCAAUGUACAUACCUUCAUUGCUAUGAAUAUUAGGGGAUAAUCUGUUGUGGAUUCUCUCUCUCUGACAAUGUAAAUGCCUUUAUUGCUAUGAAUUUAGGGGGUAAAUGGAAUUGAUGCUGUUUUGUGGACUUUA